GUGUCCGCCAAACGUCACGAGCAUUACCACCAGGAUCAGACAACUAUGACGACUCCAGAGUGGACCCCUUCAUCAUGGCGCCAAUUCCCCGCUAAGCAGCAAGCCCCGUACCCUGAUGAGAAGGCACUCAAGCAGGCUCAUGACAAGUUGAAGACGCUGCCUGGCCUAGUGUCUGUGCGUGAGAUCGAGGACUUAAAGACGCAGUUGGCGGACGUGGCGGAUGGCAAGCGCUUCUUGCUGCAGGGUGGUGACUGCGCCGAGAGGUUCCAGGAUUGUCAACCGGCGUUGAUCGAGAAGAAGCUCAAGAUCAUGAUCCAGAUGAGUCUCGUGCUGAUCUGGGGAGCGCGUAUGCCCACGGUUCGGGUAGCGCGUAUGGCUGGGCAGUUCGCCAAGCCUCGAUCCAGUGACACGGAGAUGCUGGAUGGAGAGAGGGUGACGAGCUUCAGAGGCGAAAAUAUCAAUGGAUACGAGAAGGACCAGCGCACUCCGGACCCGAACCGACUGCUGGAAGGAUAUUUCCACAGCGCAGCCACGUUGAAUUACGGUCGCGUGUUGGUGAGCUCGGGCUUUGCGGAUAUCCACGACGCCGGUAAGUGGGAUCUGGACUUCGUACAGACCUCGUCGCGCCGUGAAGAGUACCAGCACAUGGUGAACGAGAUCACGGACAGUCUCCACUUCGUGCACAUGUGUGGCGUUGCUGACUCACCGCAUCUCAAGACAGUGGAUCUCUUUGUGUCACACGAAGGUCUGGAGCUCGGAUAUGAAGAGACCAUGACGCGAAAGGUGGACGGGAAGUACUACAACGUGGGUACGGACUUCCUGUGGAUUGGCGACCGUACACGUCAACUGGAUCACGCUCAUAUCGAGUACUUCCGGGGUAUUGAGAACCCUAUUGGUAUCAAGGUUGGACCCAGUAUGGCUGUGGACGACCUGGUGCCGUUGAUCCGUAAGCUGUGGAAGGACCCGGAGGCCAAUCCGGGUAAGAUCACUCUAAUCACGCGUUACGGUUGCGAUAAGGUGUCCGAUCUACUCCCUAAACACAUCGCGGCAGUGAAAGCUGCAGGUCUCAAGGUGAUCUGGUCAUGUGACCCGUGUCACGGCAACACUAUUGUGGCUGAGAACGGCUACAAGACCAGACCGUUCGACCGCAUUUUCGGCGAGUUAGAGCAGACACUGGAGAUCCACCGUGAGGCUGGAUCGGCACUUGGUGGCGUCCACUUUGAGCUGACAGGAGAGAACGUUACUGAGUGUAUUGGAGGCCCGCAGGGUAUUGACGAAGGCGACCUACCGCUGCGCUACACGAGCUACUGCGACCCUCGGCUAAACUACUCGCAGAGCAUGGAAGUAGCCUUCCUACUGGCCAAGAAUCUGUCUGUGCAUCACGAACUAGCGCCACUGAACGAGAAGUCCAAGAACCGUAAACGCUCGAUGGAUAUCAGUGACCCGUCCAAGCGUCUCCGUGCUGAGAAGUAGAAUAGACUGGCCUUGAAUAAGGAAUAGAUGGGCACGAGAUGUGUAAGUUCAUUGUUAAGAUUGUUAUUCCUUAUGCUA